CCCAAUUCCUGCCAUUUAGAUAAAUGGGUUUCCUUCUCGCCUGACAUAUCAACCGCUUCCGUAGCCGCUUCCAGGGAAGAUGUCUGUUUCUUGGAAGGGCUAGACUCCGCAUGCUGACAACACACUUUACUUCGUCAUCUUGUAGACCAACCUCUUCAGAACAUUGUUUUGUUUCUACAAGCUGGAUCAGAGUGUCUACGACAAUGGACAGCGCCCACGACGAAACUCCUUUGCUAAAUCGACAGCCAGCUGCACUGGGCAUCAUCAUUGUGUUCCUGAUUCUCGCAUACGUGUGUGGGUUAGCCCGCCUGUAUAUCCGGUUCUGCGUGGUUCAUCGACCUGGCUGGGACGAUGUAUUCCUUAUAGUAGUUUUGAUGACAACCGCUUUGUUGUCUCUGGCAACGUGUAUAGCUCUUAUCAAUGGCCUGGGUAAACAUUUUGCGGGUCUUGGCCUGAUUGGUAUGGAGGCAUUCAUAAAGACAUUCUACAUUUGCAAUGCUGCCUACUGCAUGGCCACGACUUUUAUCAAAUUAGCCUUGCUAUCUCAGUAUCUGACGAUGUUUGAGUUCGGAUCACUGUCUUUCAGACUGACCAUGAUUGUCGCCGUCGUAACGGCCAUGUGGGGCUUGGCGUACUCAACCAUCGCCUGGUUUCCUUGCGACCCUGUCUCGUCCCAAUGGAUUCUUACGCAGCCGGCCACAGCGCGUUGGGGAUUCGGUUCUGCAGACCUGGGAGUAUACCGGAGGACUUACGUGAGCCACGUUGCAACGAAUAUGGUCCUUGAUGUGUUGGUGUGCGUUCUACCGCUUUCUUGGGCUUGGCGGCAUGCGGCUCAAAAGAGGUCCAUCUACGGAAUCGUUUUCCUGUUCGUCCUCGGCGACAUUGUUGUCGCCAUUGGCGUUAGUCGCCUCGUCUCCAUCGCAAAUACGGCUGCAGGCACAUACCCUACGCUCGACCCGUCCUGGUAUGGCUGUGUGCCUGCUGUGCUUGCAACGGUUGAAGUGAACCUGGCAACAGUUUGCGCUUCUAUCCCGAUUGUCUGGCCAGUCACACAGAGGGCCUUGAGCAAAAUCUGGGUCACAAGAGAGUUCGAGGUUAUUUCAGAACCUCGGGAUUUCCGUCUGAAGUCCACCGCGUCAUCUUACGACGGCGACUUUUCAGAUAGAAUGCCAACCGCAUCAAUCAGCAGCGGGCCGACACGUUCGACGGCAGUCCAGGCAACGCCAAGCGGUUGACGAAAAGAGGCGUUUUGAAGUGUACAAUGUUGGACGGAUAGUGAUACCCAAGGUCUGGAAUUUAAGCAUAGGAGAAGUGGUACAUUCAGGCUUUUAGAGCAGAUUAAAUCCGUUGGGCAGACGAUACUUGUCCAUGCGUGUGCCAAAGUCAUAAUACAUGGAUCAUCCUCACCGAUGAGACCAUGCUCGAGUGCGUGCUACCUGAGCCUACAGAAGUUCAUUACUCGAUUGUCGGCGAUGUGAUUCAAGAGAACCUCGGAACUGUUUGCGU